CCCCGGGGGGGGGGGGGUGGGGGGGGUGGCGUGCACACUCAGCCCUUUGUGCUCUGAUAAGGGGGCCCCUGGGCUGCUGCCCCCAUUUAUGGCCUGAUUGCUCCUCUCCACCCCUCCUGUGUCCAAGGACAUCUGGGAGGAAACUCUUUGAUGAGCCCUUGCGCAAGGAGUUAGCACCAGGUCCCCCAGGGCCAGCUGACAUCAGUGUCCCCUCGUGAUCUGCCGUUUGAAGUCAUGUGAAGUUUCCCAGACCCCUUGUGAGACCGGGUCCCAUGGCACCCGCCCUGCAGCCACAGGCUCUGAGGGUUCAGGCUUGGAGCCGGGAGCCCCCCUCCAGGACCCCCUCCUCUCCUCCCAGUGCAGGGCUGAGGGGGGACGAGGUGUGGCAAGUGGAUGUGUGGAUGAGGGGACAGCCGAGCACAGCUGUCUCUGUGGCUUCCCGUGAGCACGGGUGCCAUCUUGGCGCAGGCCUUCCGUGAGCUCACGGUGGCCUCUCCAGGCUGUUGUGACCACAUCUUAGUGAUGAGGAGACAGGAUCUGGUAAGACCGAGGUCACAUGGUGGUAAAUGCCCUGUGCCCGGCAGCACCUGGCCACGCUAAUCAGAACAGUUGUUGAUGAAUAAAUGAUCGUCCCUUACAAAGGAAUAAGCGAACAGGCAGCCACAGACUGUGGUGGGGAAGGACGAAGUCCCUGGUCACUUGGGGCAGGGAGGCACGGAACGUGGGGCUGGGGGCACAGGUGGGGGGUACGUGCUGGGCUCCUGCCCCCAGCUCUGGGAGACAAAGCCCGAGUGGGUGCUUCCUCUGGUGGGGCCUCCGCCAGGCAGGGCUGGGGCGGUGGGCGUGAUGACUGAGGCUUGACCUUUGGUCAGAAGGAUCCGGGCGGGUGGGAGCCUACCUGGGCCAGGGGCCCCUCUCCUGGACGCUUUUACAGUCGGACGUUCGUCCUCAUCAACACAGGGCGGGGCCUGCUGACGGGCAACGGGUACAGAAGGGGCCAGGUCCCCCCCCAAGCAGAGCAGACUCAGCCCGCGGGGCCACAGGCAGAUAACCGGGCGAAAUCCCCGCGAGGCCGCCUGGAGUGCGCGGUCUCUCCGCCUCACUCCCCUGGCCCAACCAUGCGUCUGCCCCGCCACCUCCUGCUGGCCUUGCUCCUGGCAGGGCCCCCAGGCCGGGCCUGGGUCCCCAACGACUGCAGGGCCCCCAGCAAGGCCGCAUGCAACUUCGUGUGUGACUGCCCAGACUGCUCCGACGAGGCCCAGUGCGGUUACCACGGGGUCUCGCCCGCCCCGGGCGCCCCCUUCGCCUGUGACUUCGAGCGAGACUCCUGCGGCUGGCGGGACAUCAGCACCUCAGGCUACAGGUGGCUGCGAGACCGGGCAGGAGCCACACUGGAGCCUCUGGGGCCGCGCUCAGACCACACUCUCGGCACAGACCUCGGCUGGUACACGGCUGUUGGCACGCACCGCGGGAAAGAGGCGUCCACGGCAGCCCUGCGCUCCCCUGCCCUGCGCGACGCCGCCCCCACCUGUGAGCUGAGGCUCUGGCACCACACGGCCACCAGAGAUGUGGCUGAGCUGCGGCUGGAGCUGACCCACAGGGCCGAGACGCUGACCCUGUGGCAGAGCUCUGGGCCCUGGGGCCCAGGCUGGCAGGAGCUGGUGGUGGCCACUGGCCGCAUCCGGGGCGACUUCUGGGUGACCUUCUCUGCCACCCGAAAUGCCACCCACAGGGGCACCGUGGCCUUGGACGACGUGGUCUUCCGGGGCUGUGGGCUGCCCACCCCCCAAGCACGCUGCCCCCUGGGGUACCACCACUGUGGGAACAUGGCCUGCGUGGAGCCCCACCAGCUGUGCGACGGAGAGGACAACUGUGGGGACGGCUCAGAUGAGGACACGCCCACCUGCCGUGAGCUGGAGGGGCUGCUGGGGGUCACCAGGGAGCGUGACGGAGCGGGACAGGGGGGGUACGGGCCCUGCCGGCAGCCUGACCCUGCUUCCCCCACAGGCCGCCACACGGCCACCGACUUCGAGACGGGCCUGGGCCCGUGGAACCACUCGGAAGGCUGGGCCCGGAACCACAGUGCCGGCCCCAGGCCACCAGCCUGGCCGCGCCGGGACCACAGCCGCAAUAGCGCGCAGGGUGAGGCCCACGGGGGACCGCCGGGGAGCGCCCACCGGGGCCCCGCCCAGCCACCCCGGCCCACGUCUGGUGUCUCCCCAGGCUCCUUCCUGGUCUCCGUGGCCGAGCCCAGCGCCCCCGCUGUCCUCUCCAGCCCCGAGUUCCAAGCCUCAGGCCCCCACAACUGCUCGCUUAUCUUCUACCACUACCUGCACGGGUCUGAGGGUGGCUGCCUCCAGCUGUUCCUGCAGAUUCAGAGCCCAGGCUCCCCUCAGGGCCCCGUCCUGCUGCGCAGGCGCCACGGGGAGCUGGGGGCCGCCUGGGUCCGAGACCGGGUCGACAUCCAGAGCGAGCACCCCUUCCGGAUUCUGCUCACUGGGCACACAGGCCCAGGUGGUGUCGUGAGUUUGGAUGACCUCAUCCUGUCGGACCACUGCCAGCCAGUCCCAGAGGUGUCUGGAUCACCUCUUGGGCUCUGGGCCGCAGCCCCCUGGCGCCAGCCGUCCAGCCUGCGGCCCCGGGACUUCUGCGAGCCGGGACAUCUUUCCUGCGGGGACCUGUGCGUCCCCCCAGAGCAGCUCUGUGACUUCCAGCAACAGUGCGAGGGGGGCGAGGAUGAGCAGGACUGUGGCACCACGGACUUCGAGCCCCUCACGGCGGGGGGCUGGGAGGAUGCCAGCGUGGGGCGGCUGCAGUGGGGGCGUCUCCUGGCCCAGGAGAGCCGGGGCCCUGGCGCAGGCGCCCGCAGGACCGCUGCUGGGCACUUCCUGGCCCUGCAGAGGGCCUGGGGACAGCUCGCGGCAGAGGCCCGGGUCCUCACACCUCCCCUGGGUCCCUCGGGCCCCCGCUGUGAGCUCCACAUGGCUUACUAUUUCCAGAGUCACCCCCAAGGCUUCCUGGCCCUGGUCGUGGUGGAGGACAGCAACCGUGAGCUGGUGUGGCAGGCCCCGGGCAGCAGCCAGGGCUGGAGGAUGGACAGAGUCCUUCUUGGGGCACGCCGCCGGCCUUUCCGCGUAAGGAGGGCAGCCUGGGGGUGGGGGGGGGUGGGUCACAGAGCCGGCGCUGACUCGACAGCCCCCUCUCUUGUGCUCCUCACGAAGCUGGAGUUUGUCGGCCUGGUGGACUUGGACGGCCCUGGCCGGCAGGGCGCUGGAGUGGACGAUGUGACCUUGAAGGACUGCAGCCCCGUGACAGCCACUGAGAAGGACUCAGAGGUCUCCUGUAACUUCGAGCGGGACACGUGCGGCUGGUACACCGGCCACCUCACAGAUGCCCACUGGCGCCGGAUCCAGAGCCACGGCCCCGGGUACGACCACACCACAGGCCGAGCUCAGCCCGGUGUCCCUGCCGCAGGCUACUUCUUGCUCCUGGACCCCACAGACCCCCCAGCCCGGGGCCCUGGUGCCCACCUGCUCACCCAGCCCCAGGUGCCCACAGCUCCUCAGGAGUGCCUCUCCUUCUGGUAUCACCUCCACGGGCCCCAGAUCGGGACACUGCGCCUGGUGCUGAGGCGGGAAGGAGAGGCAGACACGCUCCUGUGGUCACGGACCGGCACCCACGGCAACCACUGGCACGAGGCCUGGGCCACCCUCCACCACCAGCCGGGCUCUGGCACCAAGUACCAACUGCUGUUCGAGGGCUCCCGGGACGGCUACCACGGCACGAUGGGCCUGGACGACGUGGCCCUGCGGCCCGGGCCCUGCUGGGCCCCCAGGCGGUGCUCCUUUGAGGACUCAGCCUGUGGCUUCUCCAGCGGGGGCCAAGGCCUCUGGACGCGCCAGCCCAAUGCCACGGGCCACGCCGCCUGGGGCCCCCGCGCUGACCACACCACGGGGACGGCUCAAGGGCACUACAUGGUGGUGGACACGAGCCCCCAGGCCCUGCCCCCCGGCCACGUGGCCUCCCUGACCUCAGAGGAGCACCAGCCUCUGGCCCGGCCUGCCUGCCUGACCUUCUGGUACCACCUGAGCCUCAGAAACCCAGGCGCCCUGCAGGUUCACGUGGGGGAGGCCGAGAGGCAGCAGGUGCUCAGCAUCAGUGCCCACGGAGGGUCCGCCUGGCGCCUGGGGAGUGUGGACGUGCAGGCCGAGAGGGCCUGGAGGGUGGUGUUCCAGGCGGUAGCCGCCGGCGUGGAGCACUCCUAUAUCGCGCUGGACGACCUGCUCCUCCAGGACGGGCCCUGCCCUCGGCCAGCUUCCUGUGACUUUGAGGCUGGCCUGUGUGGCUGGAGUCAUCUGGCCUGGCCUGGCCUGGGAGGGUACAGCUGGGACUGGAGCAGUGGGGCCGCACCUUCCCGCUACCCCCAGCCCCUGGUGGAUCACACUCUGGGCACAGAGACAGGACACUUCGUGCUCUUUGAAACCCACAUGCUGGGCCCGGGGGGCCAGGCAGCCUGGCUGCACAGCCAGCCUCUGCCCGCCACCGAGGCCUCCUGCCUCCGCUUCUGGUACCACAUGGGCUUCCCGGAGCACUUCUACAAGGGCCAGCUGCGGGUGCUCCUGAACAGCGCCCGGGGCCAGCUGGCCGUGUGGAGCAUGGGCGGGCGCCUGCGGCAUCAGUGGCUGCUGGGCCAGGUGGAGGUGGCCAGCGCAGAGGAGUUCCAGAUCGUGUUUGAAGCCACUCUAAGCGGCCAGCCAGCCGUGGGGCCCAUCGCCCUGGACGACGUCGAGUAUCUGGACGGACGGCACUGCCAGCUGCCUGCACCCGGCCGGGGGGACACGGUAGUGGCCACAUCGGUGCCAGCCGCGGUCGGCGGGGCCCUCGUCGUCCUUGUCCUCCUCGUCCUGCUAGGACUGGCAGGACGACGCUGGCUGCAGAAGGGGGGCUGCCCGUCGCGGGGCGAGACAGCGGCUGUGGCCCCUGGCUUUGAUAACAUCGUCUUCAAUGCGGACGGUGUCACCCUGCCGGCCUCGCUCACCGACAGCCAGUAGAUGACGCAGAGAAGACUGUGGCUCCUCACAAGAGGGUCGCCCCCCGCCCCCUUCCCCCAAUCCCUGGCAGGCAGAGCCCAAGGAACAACCCCUGCCCCCCCCCCCCAGGACGCACUGAGCCCCCAUGCGGUCACCCAGCACCGAGACUGCCACCCACGUGCCUGGGUACAGUCCUCACCCCAACAAUAAACGCCCUGGCCCCCGAGGGCAGCCCCCACUUAUUGGCUGAGGUCUGUGCACCCUGCUCUGUCAGCAGGAAGGUGGGCUCUUGGGGAUCCCCAGAACUGACCCAACCUGCCUGAGAGGACGUGCUUGGAGGCACCUCCCACAGGUCUCAGUAACUCAGCUGACAGGUAACAGGCAGGCCACACGGGACGGGGCCGAGGGCUAGAGGCACCAGAGGCAGAUACAGCGGGACCCUGAGAAGCCCCUGCCCCUGGCCGUGCGGGCACCCCAGCACUCAGGCUGUCCAGCCCAGCCUGUGGGAAUCUGACCCAGGCCCUGUCCAGCCCCUGCCUCGCUGGGUGAUUCUAAUUCAGGACAGGGAGAAACCCCGGACACCGACUGACUAGCAAAGGCUGAAGCGGCUGUCAGGGACAUAAAGCUGGUCUGGUGAGGAAACGCCCUGCUUUGUCCGUGACUCCACACAAAGGUCCCACAUCCGCUGUCCCAUGGUAAAGGGUCCGUGCCGUAAGUGUCCCCGAGCUCACCAUCCCGUGGGCAGAUCCAAGUGAUCCCCGGAAUGAUGUGUCUCAGAGGUCACUCGGUGCCCUGGGGAUGCUGCUGAGGUCACUGGAAGGCAAACCCAAGGCUCCCGCCCUCCCGACCUCACGGGGUCCAAGGAUGAAGGCAACCCCCCUCUCUCGGAGGUGUCAAGGCCCCUGGUGUGCCUGCAUUCCCUCCUUGCCUAGUAAAACGGAGUCGAAUCUUCCUAACCCAGGGAGGGUCCCCGGCUCUGCUCUUCCACAAGGGCAAUUUUUUUUAAAAAUUACUUAUUCAUUAAGUAAGCUCCAACCAAACCCAACGUGGGGCCUGAACCCACGACCCCUGAGACCAAGAGCCUCACGCUCUGGGGCACCUGGGUGGCUCAGUCGGUUAAGCAUCCAACUCUUGGUUUCUGCUCGGGUCACGAUCUGCCAUGGCCUCAUGAGUUCGAGCUCUGGGUCAGGCUCUGCACUGACAGCGUGGAGCCUCCUUGGGAUCCUCCCUCCCCGCUUCAUUCUCUCUCAAAAUUAAUAAAUAAACUUUAAAAAAAAAUCACAUGCUCCACUGACCGAGCCAGCCAGGCACCCCCACAGGAAGUUUUGACACGGCCCUGCCUCGGCCUAGAAGGUCCCACUGGGCACGGCCGUCCUGGGGAAGGGGAGACAGCCACACCUGCACAGCCAACUGCCCCCUCCUGCCUGGGGUGAGACCACGUUGCCGUCCAGCCCACUGGAGACUCCACGCCAGGGGAGGGCACGGGUCCGGGAUCAAGGGGAUGACUAAAGCCUGUGGCCUGUCCCAGCAGACGGUGACGAGGAAGCGGCACCGCAGAGGGUGACCUUCAGGGUCCCUCAAGUACUCCCCAGGGCAUGUCAGGAGAACCCUUUCUUCCCUACAUCGUGGGCCAGAGAGAGACACACGCGGGGACCCGGCAGAUCAGACCGGACACCAGCAGG